AUGGGGAAAGGAAGAGCACCAUGCUGCGACAAGAACAAAGUGAAGAGAGGGCCAUGGAGCCCUCAAGAAGAUCUCACUCUCAUCACUUUUAUUCAAAAACAUGGCCAUCAAAACUGGAGAUCUCUUCCCAAGCUUGCUGGAUUGUUGAGAUGUGGGAAAAGUUGCCGACUAAGAUGGAUAAACUAUCUGAGACCGGACGUGAAGCGAGGCAACUUUAGCAAAAAGGAGGAAGAUGCUAUCAUUCACUACCAUCAAACCCUUGGAAACAAGUGGUCAAAGAUCGCGUCCUUCUUGCCGGGAAGAACUGACAACGAGAUCAAAAACGUGUGGAACACGCAUCUCAAGAAACGACUCACUCCAUCUUCUUCUUCUUCAUCCCUCUCUAGCACUCAUGACCAAAGCACAAAAGCAGAUCAUGACAAGAACUGUGACGGGGCUCAAGAAGAAAUACAUUCAGGGUUAAAUGAGAGCCAAAACUCAGCUACUUCGUCACAUCACCAAGGCGAGUGUAUGCACACAAAACCAGAGCUUCAUGAGGUUAAUGGACUCAACGAGAUCCAGUUCCUGCUCGACCAUGAUGACUUUGAUGAUAUAACCUCUGAGUUUCUUCAGGAUAACGAUAUCUUAUUUCCGCUAGACUCUCUUCUUCAUAACCACCAAACUCACAUUUCAACCCAAGAAAUGACUCGAGAGGUAACCAAAUCGCAAUCAUUUGAUCAUCCUCAACCGGAUAUCCCAUGCGGAUUUGAAGACACAAACGAAGAAUCCGACUUGAGGAGACAGCUGGUUGAAUCAACCACACCUAACAAUGAGUACGACGAGUGGUUCAACUUCAUUGACAACCAAACUUACUUUGAUGAUUUUAAUUUCGUCGGAGAAGUAUGUCUAUGAAUGUCAAUAAUAUAUGCAUGACCAGUGUUGUAUCCACUUUUGAAUGUUGAGUAAAUUACUAUUUUACAUGGAUUGCCCAUGCAUUGAGAAGAUGCUAUGUUUUAUGAGAGCUCUAUGAUAUUGGUUCGUUUUUCGGCUAGAUU